ACCGCACGUCUUGAUAUCCCUUGCCAGCAUCCAAAGCAUUAUUCUCACUCUUCAUUGUCCCUAAAAACCCCGUCAAGACUGAUACUAUCCUCAAUUUGCAUCAUGGCGGGGACGAUGAAAGCGGUCCGGUUCCACGGCCAGCGCGACCUUCGGUACGAGGAUAUACCAAUCCCAACAGUGGGCAAGGGCCAAGUCAAGAUAAAGCCCGCCUGGGUUGGCAUCUGCGGAACGGACCUCCACGAGUACCUAGGCGGGCCCAACCUAUGUCCGACCACGGCGCAUCCAAUCACCCAGGAGACGGUACCUCUAACACUGGGCCACGAGUUCAGCGGAACCAUCGAGGAAGUUGGACAAGACGUGACGGAUUACAAGCCGGGCGACAGGGUAUCUGUUCAACCCAUCAUCUACGACAACACAUGUGGAGCGUGCAAAGAGGGCCUGCAGAACUGCUGUUGGAAUAACGGCUUCGUCGGUCUAAGUGGUUGGGGUGGCGGCCUUUCCGAGCACAUUGUAGUGCCAACCUCGACCUUGUAUCGUCUGCCGGAUAACGUUCCGCUCAAACUCGGAGCGCUGGUGGAACCACUGUCUGUGGGAUGGCAUGCUGUCAAGAUCAGCCCCUUCAAACCAGGUAAUGCCGCUCUGAUCUUGGGAGGAGGCCCAAUUGGUAUCGCAGUCAUCCUUGCCCUCAAAGCAAAGGGUGCCGACAAGAUCAUCGUAUCCGAGGUCAGUCGCAAGCGGCAGGAAUUCGCAAAAGCGUUCGGCGCAGACUACGUCCUGAACCCCGUCGAAGAGGAUGUUGUCCAGCGCUGUAGGGACCUGUGCGACGGGCAGGGCGUCGAUGUCGUAUACGACUGUGCUGGCGUGCAAGCCGCAUUGAACUCGGGAAUAGAGGCCACAAGGGCUCGCGGAACCAUAGUCAAUAUUGCCAUUUGGGAGAAGGACUGCACCAUCACCCCGAAUCAACUGACGUUCAAGGAGAGAAGAUAUAUGGGCGUCGCAACCUUCCAAAUCGGCGACUUCCAGGAAGUGAUUGAUGCGAUAUCUGCUGGCAAGAUCAAACCACAGGACAUGAUUACCAAGACGAUCAAAUUAACGGAGGUGGAGGAGAAAGGCUUCAAGGCUUUGAUCAACGACAAGGACAAUAAUGUAAAAGUGCUGGUCGAGGUACAUGGAGGAUGA